AGAAAGACUAGAAAUUCAAACUGGGCUUGAUUCAGUUUUAUCAGGUCCAUUUAUUAUUGAUAAAGAUCCACCCACGUCCCCUCCCCUGCCCCCUAGCUACCUAUGUCAGGGGUUUUUUUAAAGCCUUCCAAGGCUGGCAAUUUUGACUAAAGGGUAUUUCCCUUCCAUUCAGGUUCAGAUCGAUCCCCAAGUUUGGGGUCAGGUAGGAAUUUUACCCUAUGGCCAGACUGGUAUGGACUAUGGGGUUUUUUGCCUUCCUCUGUAGUGGGGACUUGGGCCUCUUUCUGGGAUUGCUUGAGGGCAUAUUAACAACUUUGACAGAAGCAGGACUUUGGCUGUCGUAGUCCCCUGCUUUAGGAUGUUAGUGGACAGGUUAGGAUGUUAUGUCUUCUGUUGUGCCAGGUUAACCAUGUAGUUUUGCUAAGAGGUUACAUAAUGGAUUUGCAUAUGAUGGUUUGGAUAGGGAUAAUCCUGCCUUAGACAGGAUUUUGGACUAGAUGACCUAUGGAGGCCCCUUCCAGCCCUGCUUCUCUAUGAUUCUAUGGAAGGUCGUCUCCCUGUGCAAGUUGUUAUAGUCAAUUCAUAGAGACUUCAGUAUUGCAAUGCCCUGUGAUGUAACAGCUGGAUACAAUCUGCUUGCAAGCUAAAUUCACACUUAUUUAUGUGAGAAGGACUCCUGCUUUAGAGCUGCAGUAAGAGGCUUUGGGCGUGUACUGCUUAAUACUAAUAUUGCUUCCUCCACUCUUCAUCUACAGCUACAGUAAUCAGCAAUAAGAGAGACCUUUGCUUGCUCUUCUUCUCAUGCCCUCCUUCCUGUGUCAAAACCACAGAAGACAGUUUUAAAUUUAUGGGUGCAUUUCAAGUAACAUUUUUAGGGGAAGAGGAAUUCUAAACUUGAAACAGAAGACAGAAGUUUCUAGCCAGAACAGAAAAAAGCUCCAAUGUAACUACAAAACAAGAGUCAUAAACUUCUGAAUGGCAUAAACAAACUGUUAAUGACUAGGUACUAGAGUCCAUGUCUACUGAGUAUGUGUAUCCCAGGAUACCUGUAUGUCUAGCCCCUUUAGAUCCCAGUUUAACUCAAGUAAGUGUAAAGGUUCAUCUAUACAAGCCCUUUGACUAGCAAUAAUUUCCCUUCAUCAUAUGCUUAAAGAGAGCACUCUUUUUUAGGCAGUUUUGGACUUCUGUUUAGCAGAUUAUAUUUCAUUAUAUAUUUUUACUCCAUGUUUGCUACAGAAGUUGCAAAUAACUGAAAAAAAGAAAAAGAAAAAAAAAGGAAGGAUCCAACCUAUUAAGAUAAUGCACAUUUUGUGCAGGCCAUAGCCACACAUCAACUCUCCCCUCCUCUCCAUUUUUUUAAAUUGAUUUUCCACGAACAGAACUGCUUAUACAUCUCUGGAUGUCAGAUUCACAAUAGUUUCUACAUGCCACACUCAUCAACAAUUAUAUGCAAUUCCUGCUACAUUGUCUCCAGGAAAACAGUUUGCAUCUCACCUACUACUGCAAUUUUUAAACUGCUGGAUUUACCCUCUCUGAUGGCUAUUUUUCCCCAUUUGUAGGAGGUUUUCAUAAGAAAAUUACUCAUCAUGACUGAUGCAACAACUGAAUUUCUCUAUGAUGAAGACUCUCUUGUUUGUAAUAAAGUGGACAUCCAAACGUUUGGAAAAGUAUUCUUGCCAGUAUUUUACACUAUUGUAUUUCUCCUUGGCUUGGUAGGUAAUCUCCUCGUGGUUUUUGCCUUCCUAAAGGCUGGCAAUAAAAAGAGUACUGCUGACAUUUAUCUCUUGAACUUAGCCAUCUCAGACCUUUUCUUUGUGAUCUCUCUUCCAUUUUGGGCUUUCUAUGUGAGGAAAGGAUGGACACUUGGAACUGUUUUCUGCAAACUCAUUUCCUCACUCUAUUAUGUGGGUUUCUUUGGUGGCAUGUUUUUUAUCACAGUUGUAAGUAUAGAUAGACAUCUGGCUAUAGUUCAGGUAACGUUUUCUCUGAAAUCCAGAACAAUCAGCCGUGGCUGUAUUAUUGCUCUUUUUGUGUGGAUAGCAGCGGCAUUAUUCUCAGUGCCACAAUUUGUGUUCACUGAAAAGGUAAACGAACAGUGCACCGUGAAUUACCCAGAAGAUCUCCAAAUUAUUUGGCCAAUUUUUUGCAACAUAGAAAUGAAUGUCAUAGGGUUUCUUAUCCCAAUCUGUAUCAUGAGCUACUGCUACUUUGGGAUCAUCAGGACACUGCUUUCCUGCAAAAAUCAUAAAAAAACUAGAGCUAUCAGGUUGAUUUUAGUGGUGGUGAUUGUGUUUUUCCUCUUCUGGACCCCAUACAAUGUAUUGAUUUUUCUAUACACUUUAAAGAACUAUUUCAACUUCUUUUCAAAAUGUGACCAUUCAAUAGUUUUAGACUAUGCCAUGCAUGCAACUGAAACCCUAGCCUUCAGUCACUGCUGUCUUAAUCCAAUUAUCUAUGCUUUUGCUGGUGAAAAAUUCAGGAAUUAUCUUUGCUCGUUAUGCCUAAAGUGCUGUUCAUUCAUUUGCUUCUGUGGGCCCCGCAGCUGGUACCAAGCUGGCCCUUCACGUAUCCCUCCAGACAGUAUUCCAAGCAGUAACCAGACCCAGAUUACCAGCGAUCCAGGUGCCUUGCUCGUUCUGUGAAGGACUUUGUUAAGAAGUAAAUAUGUCUUUGAUAGAGGUUAUCAUUCAAGCACUCGGGUUUAGCAUGUGAAAGUACUUGAGGUUGCCACUGACUUACGAGCAUUUCUUUUCCUAAGCAUUCAUUAUUUUAAAACAAUAAGUGUCAACAUUUUAAUGGCACAAUAAAAUAAUGGAUGGGAUCUGAAUUCUGAGGGGAAAAUGGAGAGAAAAACAGCAACUUGUGCUAGGAAUAGAAAGAAAAAAAUAGGAAUAGAUAAUAUGAUAGAAAUUCAUACAUGAAAAGACUGUGUGGACAUAUAUUCACGUGCAUGUAUAUAAGUAUGCCUGUAUACACAAACCUCUUGCAGGGGAAGUGAACUGUUCAACAGAUGGAUAGUAGUGAAAAAUAUUUGAUAUAUGGCACAUUGGUUUUCUCUUGGACUACAGCAUGAGCACUGAAACACUUUAUUGUUUCAGUUUUGGAGACAGUAGCAUAUUCAUUUUUACAAGCGUUUGUGUUUAUCUCAUCUGUAUGUUCUAUGAAACAACAGCCUGUUCUUACAUGAGGGGUCAAACCUGGUUUAAGUGUUAUGUAAUAAUUAAAUGCGAGUGAUUUUGCAUUUUUGGAUUACCUCUUGCUGAUUGAUACAAGUGUUUUAUUUGUUAACACUUACCUAAUAAAAGGCCUA